AUGACAUUCCGGUUUCCGGGCUCGCUCGUGAACAGAGCUUUGCGCAGCCGACUUCUCACCGCGCAACAAUACCGUGCUACUACCGCAUCCCAACGUCUACCGCAUACAUGGAUCGCGUCCAGUGAUUAUCGCCGAUUUACCUCCUCGUCCUCCUUCAACCGCUCUUCCGAUAGAGACAGCGAUACUCGCCGCAUAGGACAUGUUGGCGAGAAACAUUUUAGAAGUCGGCAUGGCAAUAGGCGGGAGGCUCAGCGUGUCAAAUCUAGGGAGAGUCAUGAUAUUUUGAUGGCUAUCGCAUCGGGUUCGUUUACCGGGCGGUACAACAGUGAGCUCGAAAGUCCCGAAAGUAAGGCUCUGGAUCCAGAGGCUGCUGAAAGUGAGAACCUGGAGAAUGAUCCCUAUGAUUACCAGAAUGGUGAAAACGAGGUGAAGGAGAGCGGUGUCUCUGAUGAUCAGACAUCCAAAGAACAAGAUAUCGAGGCCGAUAUUGAGGCCGAUGCCGCCGAUGGCGAGGCUCCCGAGAACAACAGCUUCCGUGGCCUACCUCGAGCUAUGCCCAAACUCACGCCGAAAAUAAUAAAUGAGGAGUUGAAAUGGUUGAAUGACCCACGCAAAAUGGCGGAUCGGGUUGCGCGCAUUUUGCACAGUGGUAAUCCGGCCCUGGCGGCGGCCUUGGUUCGUGCUGGAACAAAGCAGGGCAUGAGAUGUGAUGUUGCCUGGAAUCAUCUCCUGCAAUAUUGCAUGGAUCAAAAUCACCCGCAGGCUGCGUUUAAGUUCUACAAUGAUAUGAAAAAGCGGGGCAGGAGACCAACUCCCAGAACGUACACGAUCAUGUUGAAGGGCUUCAGCUCAGCCCCGAGGUCAUUGGGUGUCGCCAAAACUGCCGCCUCUGUCUACCGCUCGAUUAGCUCACCGAACUCUGGAGUUAAGCUUGAUAUUAUACACACCAACGCCAUGCUUACCGUCUGCCAUCGUCAUUGGGAUAUGGAUCGGCUGUGGAAGAUUGCCGGUGAAUUACCCGAAGAGGGACCAGGUGCACCGGAUGCUGCCACCUACACCAUUAUCUUGAACGCUGUCCAAUUCGCAGCUCGCAGAGAUAUAGAGAAAAUGUCUCCUGAUGAGAUUGACAAAAUUCUCGAACGGAAGGCCCAGGUUAUUACUGAAGGAAAGCGGAUUUGGGCCGAUGUCGUCUGGCGGUGGAAGAACCAGACCUUGCAAAUUGACAAUGAACUUGUUAACGGCAUGGCCAGCUUGCUUCUGGAAGGCGGUAGUGAUAUUGACUGCUACAAUGUCAUGGAAUUGUACAAGCAAACCAUGGGAAUCCCCAUACUGCAGAAGCGACCCACUGAAAACGAGAAGACGACCCGCCGCAGGAUCACCCCCGAGCAAACCCAGGCCAUGGAAGACUCAGAGGCUACACGGCAAUCAAAAUUGGAAGACGUUCCGUUCGUAGACGAAAACAAUCGACCAAUCCAGAGUUUGAAAUCAGCUGAGGAAGUUGAACAAGACUUGAGAGAAGAAGUGGAAGAAGAGAUGGAGAAAGAGGUGGAAGAAGUGGAAGAGGAGGAAGAGGAAGACUUUACAGAACUUUUCAAGCCUGUCGUUCCCCAGGCGGAGGAGCUAUCAUUCCUUAAACCCGACAGCAAGGAACUGACUCUUAUCCUGAACGCUUGUUUCACCAUGACCCAAGGAACCGAAGGUGGACAGGCCUACUGGAAAUACAUGACUUUGGACGACCACGAAUACCGCAUUGAUCCCGAUACCUUCACCUACAUCCAAUAUUUCCGCCUCCUCCGCAUCUCCCGCUCCAGCAAAAUCAGCGUCAAAACCAUGCGUGAGCAGAUGGUUCCCUCCGGCCAAGCAACCGGAACGGCAUUCCACGUCGCUCUUAGCGUCUGCCGCCGUGAUCGCCGCAACCGCUCAGUUCUCCAGCACGCGAACGAGCUGCUCGCCUUGAUGGACAAAGCACUGAUCCUACCUGACAUCCGCGUCCUCGAAGGCUAUCUGGAAACGAUCCAGAUCCUUUCCUCCAACCCGUCCGUCCUUCUGCAGCUCAGAGGACUCGAGGCAACCGAUGACUCCACAGCCUCUAAAUCUCCCAGACUGGAGUAUCUUGGCAGGAAGCUACAAGCGAAACUGCGACUAGUUGCUAUCGCUGCCUUACGGCCAUAUAUCCUCCAGCUGCAUGAGGCAAUGGAACAUGGCAAACCCGAGUCUAAGUCUCGCUGGAGUGCCAUCCAGAACACACUUUCGGAUUCUGUCGCCGGUCCGGCAGCUGUGAAGAUCAUGUCGCGCGUUCGUCUGGUGGUUGAUGACACCCUCAAGCCGGACUAUAAGGCUUAUGUUUCGAAGGCUGAGCGCAAGGCCCUUAACGAUGACUCGAAGAUGCUGAAGAAGUAUUCUGACAAGGACGUUAUUGAGAGCUUCAAGAGGAAGAAGGUAUAUCCGACGCCUCAGCAGAAGGAGGAGGCGCGGGACCGCAUCAGGAAGUUCCAGUGGGAGGCUCGCAACUUUCGGGACCAAGAAGGUUCCGAUCAGAAAGAGGACUCUUCUUCGUGA